AUGCACGCUCGAUCCGUUCGAUGGCGACAGCUGCGCCUGUUGCUCUGGAAGAGCGUCUACUUGUACAAGCUGCGCCGAAACUGGACGAUCACGGCGCUGGAGGUGUUGACGCCGCUGCUGCUGACUUUGGUGCAAACGUACUUGCACUGCAGCCGCGAGGAGUCAUCGCCGGAGGGAACGUCCACUCCGGCAAUUCUCGCUAGUCUAAACGUCAGCGACAUGGAGGCCGAGCAAGUGGUCAAGCCGUCCUUCUACUUCCCCACCAUCAUCGCCUUCGUGCCGGCGCCAACUGGGAACAUCUCCGGCGAAGAAGUUCUGCGCCUCGCGUUCCCCCUUGCGAAGCUCGAAGAGUUCGCCGACGAAUCUGUGAUGGUGGCCAACCUAAGUGCGCGCUUCAAUUCCCUCGGGCUGGCCAAUAACUACGGCGUGGUGUUCAAGCAGGCUGAGCAAGGCGCGCUCAGCUACACUCUGCGCUUUCCCUCCUGGCAGGAAUUCUACACCAGGCAGACAAUGCGGCCAGGGGGCGCCACCAUACGGCCGCCAUUUUGGCUUUCAGGUAUCCUGCUACCGAUGAUGUCGAGGCUCAACAUGGCCGUGGCGCAGAUCGCAUCCAGCACGGCCGAUGGCGAGCGGCCACCGCCGGUAUACUUCCAGACGCGUCGGUUUCCCUCGCCCAAGGGCUUCGACACCUCCAGGAGCGCGCGCAAGAUUACAGACGUGAGCGUCAUCUACGGCUUCAUCGUCCUGGCACCCGUCGCCGUCAAGCGCAUCGCGGAUGAGAAAUCAGUCGGAAUGAAGGAGCUCCUGCGCAUCGCUGGCAUCUCCGACGCCGUUUACUGGUUUUCCGCCUUCUUGAGCAGCCUGAUGGUGAUGUCACUGGAGACGGUCCUCAUCACUACGUUUCUGACGUUUCCCAUAUUCUGCGAGUCGGCAAUACUGCCUCAGAGCGACAUCAGCCUCGUUCUGUUCAUGCUCACGUUGUACGCUGUCUACUGCGACCUGUUCUGCCUGCUCAUAAGCUGCGUCGUCAAGACUCCGGUGUACGCUGUGUUCGCCACCGUGUGCCUCUGGAUGCUGACUUACGAGGUGCCCGUCUUCUUCAUGGACUUUCCCGGCUCCGUCGAGUACGCCGACCUCUCGCUCGACCAAGGAGCCCGUUGGAGCAACAUUGGCAUGACAGGUUCGCCGUACGACAACGUCACCCUCGCGGUGAUGUUUUGUGUCGUCCUGGGCUACUGCGUGCUUUAUGCUGUCCUCGUCUGGUACCUGGACAACGUGUGGCCGUGGCAGUACGGCAUUCCCAAGGAGCCUCUCUUUUUCAACAGAGGGAGCUACUGGCAUCCCAAGGCGCCCAUCCAUUCGCAGUAUCAGAGGAAGGAUGGCACAGAAGCGGGUAUUCCGCUUGAGAGCGUCGGAGACCGGAACAAUCCCGGCAUUGUGCUCGACAACGUCACGAAGGUCUACCCGAAGAAUACCGUGGCCCUCUAUCGCGUCAGCCUCAAGGCCUACCCCGGUGAUGUCACCGUGCUUCUCGGUCGCAACGGCGCGGGCAAGACGACCUUGCUGCGACUGAUUACGGGCCUCGAAGAGGCGUCCGCCGGCAGCGUCUGCGUGGCGGGUCAUGAUGUGGCGCUGGACACGGACGCGGCGCGCCGUUCUAUGGGCUUCUGCCCGCAGGAGAACAUACUCUUCCUCGGCCUAACCGUCCUAGAGCACCUGCAGUUCUUCGCUAGGAUUCGGGGUGACAGCUGGGUGACGGCGAACAACGCUAUCGAGGAGAUACUCGCGGCCUUCAACUUAUCCGAUAAACGCGACACCCUCGCCAGCUCGCUUUCUUGGGGAACGAGGCGAAAGCUUCAACUUGGCAUCGCCGUUGUGGGUAACCCUCAGAUCGUUGUGCUGGACGAGCCGACGGCAGGUGCUGACCCCGAGUGCAAGGGCGCCCUCUGGGAGUGCGUCCUGCGCUUCCACGAAGACAAGACCAUGCUGAUGACCACGCACAGCAUGGAGGAAGCCGACACGCUGGGUGACCGCAUCGCCGUGAUGGCCGCCGGCAGGAUACGCUGCUGUGGCUCCUCGCUUUUCCUGCGCAAGACUUACGGUAUCGUGCACAGUGGUACGGGUUACAGGAUUCGCGUGACCUUGGAAGAAAGCGCCGUCCACGAAGACCUUGACGAAUUGACCCGCGUCUUUCAGAAGCACGUACCGGCAGCCCACAUCGAAGAUGGCGAGUACACGGCGCCGCUUAAUUACCUUCGCCGCGGUGGAACGCAGCAUGUCAAUGUUGGAGACGUUCGGGUCAAUACGCUCAUUGAGUUGCUGAAGGAGCUAGAGGAGGCGUGGCAGGGUCAUGCGAUGCAAUCGCUCUCGGUCGACGUGGCGGCUCUCGAAGAUGUGAUGAGGCGAGUCGAGUUGGAUUCGGACCGCAGAAGCACCCCACCUCAGCAACGGGCGCCGCAGCAGCAGCUUCCCGACGUUCACGUGGCGGGACAAGAGCCGGUGGUUUGCUACCCUGCUGCCGCCGCGAUCGAGGCGAAUUUCUCGUCGACCGGCGAACUGCGGCCCCACCUGAGUCAGCAGCUUGGCGCGCUCGUCGCCAAGAAGCUACAGUACGAUCUCCGCGACUUAAGGCUGCCCGUACUGAUGCUGCUGCUGCCGCUAUCGGUCCUGUUGCUGUUCGCCUACAUCAACCAGACGCACAUUUCUCGGAAGCUCACCUACUCCGGGCCCGUCGAGUACUCGCUGCUGAACGUCUUCGGACACACGGUUCGCGUUUUACACCACCGAUGUGUCCACCUCGAGCGAACCCUGCCGCUCAGGAAUACGAAAAGUGAGGUCGACCUUGUCCUUCGAUUCGGAGUAAUUGCAAAGUACUUACGAGAUGAGCAAGGGGCCGAAGUGCGUGACCUUGGCAAUGCCGAUCCGCAACCGUGGCUGCAGAACUUGGCGUUGACCAACUACCGCCGCUACCGUUCGCAAUAUAUCAUCGGCGCCCAGUUCAGAUCCACCAGCAACUUGUCCGGAGUUCCGGACAGCGCCUUCCUGCCAGGUAGCCUGGACACGGACAAUGAGACGGCCGUGGAGGUGACAGCAUGGCACAGCGGCUACUCACCACAUUCUUCAGCGGUAUCCAUAGUUGCUGCGUCGCGCGCCUUUCUGCCCGGCUGGCAGCUGCGCGUGGUCAACCAUCCGCUGCCCAAGGAAAAUCCGAGGCCGGAACCAGACCCCACGAUAGUGCUUGCCACGCGCUUGAUGUGCGCCGUCUUCAUGCCCGUCGGACUGGCUUUUCUCGGCGCUACCUACGUUCUCUUUCCAGUGGAGGAACGCGUGCGCAACGUGAAGCUGCUUCAGCUGCAGUGCGGUGCCAGCUCGGCUGCUUUCUGGGGCUCGGCGUUCGCCGUUGACCUGGCGUUGCACGCGUGCUGCUCGUUGGUGAUCCUGAGCCCGCUCUUCAUGCUUGACCACCACCAGCUGUACUCGGACACUGCGACGAUCGGUUCCCUGUACGCUUUGAUGAUGAGCUACGGGUGUGCGUCUAUUCCACUCGCGUACAUUGUGUCUCUGUUCUGCGACCAACCUUCGACGGGUUACGUGACUAUCGCAAGCAUCAGCAUCGUCACCGGCAUGAUUCUGAACGUGAGCAUGUCGCUGCUCUACUUGCUGCCGGCGCUGAUCGAGCCGGCGAUGAACGAAACGAGGGGCACUGCGGGACUAGAUGCCGCCCUGUGGCUCUUCAGGGCAAUACCCAGCUUCUCCCUCGCCUGGGGAUUCUCCAACUGCCUUCAAAUUUCGCAAGAAAGCAUUAUGUGUCGUUAUAUGUCGACUUUCGAUCGUCUCCUCUUUUGCGAAAACUUUGGCCUGGAGAAAAUUCCGGAUCACCUCAAUCGAUUCAUCGAGUGCUGUCCAAAGAAGUGCCGCGACUGCAUCCUCUCCAAGGGUUGCCUGACCUGGGACAAGAUGAGCGCCGGUCGCGACGUGUGCAUCAUGUUGCUCGUGGGAGUCGCGUUGUUCUCUGUCGUCACGCUCAUCGACUCGGGCCUCGUGGAGAGCCUGGUCACACGUUUGCGGGCUAUCCAGGGCGCGGUCCCGACCGCGGUCGACGAACACCGCAGCGUGAAGGAAGAGCGCGCUCGCGUCGAGCAGAUCAUCGCACGGCGCUCGAAGAUGUCUGACCCCCUCGAAGCAAAGGUGGUCUUGUGCGUGGACAAUCUGAGGAAGAGCUACCGCAGCGUUGAAGCCGUGCGCGGUCUCUCGUUCACGCUGAACAGCCACGAAUGUUUCGGUCUGCUGGGCAUGAACGGCGCUGGCAAGACCACCACGUUCCGCAUGCUGGCCGGAGAUCUGGUUCCCACUGCGGGCAACGCCUUCAUUGGCGAUGCCGAUCUCGCCACCUCGAGGAGAAAGUACCAGGCUCGGAUCGGUUACUGCCCGCAGACGGACGUCACCCUUGACCUGCUGUCGGGACGAGAGAUGCUCGCACUGUUCGGUCGGCUCCGCGGAAUCCCGGAAACGGACCUGGAAGAGGUCAUCGACCGAACACUGCAGUUCGUUGACAUGGCAAAGUACGCCGACGUCACCACCGGAAAGUACAGCGGUGGCACACGCCGCAAACUGUCCCUGGCUGUUGCAUUCGUGGGCCACCCGAGGGUGGUUCUACUGGAUGAGCCGACAGCCUCCGUCGACCCUCAGGCACGCAGGCGCAUCUGGAACAUACUCACGGCCGUCAAGCGCAACCUCUACCUCUCCAUACUGCUCACUUCGCACUGCAUGCGUGAGUGCGAGACCCUUUGUUCUCGGGUGGCCAUUCUGUGCGAGGGACGCUUCGCGUGCCUCGGAUCCACGCAGCAGCUCAAAGAGGACAUCGGCCGAGGGGCCACGAUUCUCGCACGAUGCCUGCCUCAGGAUUCAGGUUUAGUUUGCAAAGUUCUGGAGGAACGCUUCCCGGGCGCGCAGCUUCGACGGCGCCACCAGCACGGCGCCCUGCUGCGCUUCCACGUGAUGGCGCAGCUGUGGCACAAGCUGUUCGCCGGCAUGGAAGAGCUGCGAGCCCACGGUCUUGUCUCCGAGUACGUGGUCAGCGACGUCAGCCUGACCGAGGUGUUCUUGCACUUCGCCCGACAACAGCGCAAGGACGUUUCCAACGCCCACGCUGCGUCGCCUCCAAGAGGAGCAUCCGUUUAA